GUACAGCGGCGUGCUUAUAAACCCUCGUGUCGUGUUGUGCUCGCAAAUCCUAACAUUUUUUUGAUCCAUUCCUUCUUUAUGGGACAAACUCAGAGCUUCACCGCCGCCGACAACCGCCAAAUAUCGCCGCCGCCGCCUCCGCCUCCGCCGCCGCCGCCGCCGCCGUCGCCGACGACGACGACCGUCGAGCCGCCGCCGCCGCCGCCUUCUAUGGAAGCUCUGGUCUCAGAAGCGAUGGCUUUUGGCGAGGAUGGGAGUGAGGAGUCGCUGGAUGCGAAGGUUCAGAAAGCAUUGGAAUGCCCGUGUGUCGCCGGCUUGAGAAGUGGUCCUUGUGGGGCUCAGUUCACGGAAGCAUUUGCUUGCUUUCUCAGGAGCACUGCCGAAGAAAAGGGAUCGGACUGCGUUAGUCCCUUUAUCGCCUUGCAGAAUUGCAUCAAAGCAAACCCAAAUGCAUUUUCGAAGGAUGUUUUGGAGGAGGAAGAAGAAGAUAAUGAAAGUGGUCAAGAGGACAAGAAGAUGUCAAAUUAUAGAAUCAAAGCUCCAGCUUGGUCUAGAGAGACUAGGUCAAAAAUGUGAGAUGUAUUCAUUUUUUCUGUAAUAUUUGCAAUAAAUAAUUAUGGUAGAUCACGACAAAUGGAAAAUUUUGAAAGCUUUACAAAGUCAAAGGCGGCAAAAUUGGCCGAGCUUAUGUGCUAGGUAGCGCCUUAUUCUAUUUUUAUUUUAUUUAUGAACAUCUAUUUGCUCACAACCUUUCUCGACAGUAGCAGAUUUAAAACUCUACCGCGAAUGCAGAAAAGAAUUCUUUAAACUUGUAUAU